AGAACAUGCGUGAAUCAUUCACUAUGUUAACGCUGCGCCAUUAGGGACCUAAGGACCAGUUCUUCUGGAGAAAUGCUGUAACAAAGGGUAUACUCAACUACGCCACAGAGAAAACAAAUUGUGUAAAUCCCUUUUUUUUUGUAAGGCAAUCACGCAGUUUGUACUUGCUGCAGUAUUCUGGAAGGAUAAGCCUAUGUCAAGCAAUCAAAUGAAAAGAAAGCAUCUGUUACCUUCCUUGACAUCACUAGCUGUGCGAGAGCAGAUGCAAUACUGCGUCCCUCUGGAUACAGAGAGAAGCAGGAGAUGUUGUUAGGGCUCUGCCCUCCUCUGGGAGCAGCAGUCGUUUCGGGGACCACAGUCCGCAUCUGCCACGACAAAGAAGUGUCACCUGUGACACACAGGUAGUCUGGGCAGUGAGAAGAGCUGGCUGCAGGAAACUCAAGUGUGGACCAUCACUGAGGAAUCGGCAGAGACCUGAAAAGAGCAUGGCCAGUGGGUAAGAAGAAGCCUUUGGGGUUUUCAGGAGAAAAAGACUGUAUGGUCUUGACUAAUGAAGAGGAGGACUCCCGAGGAAAGCCCAUGAGUGUGAGUGGAGAGCACAUCCCUGUCUGUCUGCCUGCUCCACAAGGCCGGCUUCGAGCUGUGUGGGAAGACGCAGGCUAACAGAGCCUGGCACCGACUGCUCGCUCAGGAGCGCCAGAAAAACAUGAGCAGCCCCUCUGAGGAAAGCAAAGUUUGUUGAAAGCCCACGAAUUCCAGAAUCCGAGCUUGGCUCACCAACCCUCACUUCAGCUCAGAACUUGGACGUGGAUGCAUACUGCCCUGGUGAUGCUGAGCAGGAACUUGGCCCCCCUCCGUCUGUAGAUGAGGCAGCAAACACACUCAUGACUCGUCUUGGUUUCCUCCUUGGAGAGAAAGUCACAGAAGUUCAGCCGGGUGAGCAGUACAGCAUGGAAAUCCAGGAUGAAAGUCAGACCUCAGCUAUCACCCAGCGGAUAAGUCCUUGUUCUACCCUGACUAGCAGCACUGCCUCCCCACCAGCUAAUAGCCCCUGCUCCACCCUCCCACCUGUCAGUACAAGCGCAGCUGCCAAGGACUGCAGCUAUGGGGCUGUCACUAGUCCAACCUCCACUCUGGAAAGCAGAGACAGUGGCAUCAUUGCUACUUUGACAAGCUAUUCAGAAAAUGUGGACCGCACAAAGUAUGUUGGAGAGAGCAAUAAAGAAUUAGGGUCUGGAGGGAACCUCAAGCCGUGGCAGUCUCGGAAGCCCAGCGCGGACUCCUGCCUGCACAGAGUAGAUGAAGACAUGGCCGCAUCCACGCAUAGUCUGAGUGAGAUCCCAGAGAGGAACUUGCAGACAGUUUUGUCACAGUCAGUGCAGUCUAUUCCACUGUAUCUGAUGCCACGGCCAAAUUCAGUAGCAGCCACAAGUUCUGCCCACUUGGAGGACCUUGCUUACCUGGAUGAGCAGAGACACACGCCCCUGAGAACUUCUCUUCGAAUGCCGAGGCAGAGCACGGGCGCUGCACGCACACAGCAGGACCUGAGAGUUCGCUUUGCACCAUACAGACCUCCCGAUAUCUCCCUGAAGCCUCUGCUCUUUGAAGUGCCCAGCAUCACUACAGAGUCUGUGUUCGUCGGCCGAGAUUGGGUUUUCCACGAAAUCGAUGCUCAGCUUCAGAGUUCAGAUGCCAGCGUAAACCAAGGUGUGGUGAUUGUGGGAAACAUCGGGUUCGGCAAAACCGCCAUCAUCUCCAGACUGGUGGCCCUCAGCUGCCACGGCACCCGGAUGAGGCAGAUUGCCUCUGACAGCCCCCACGCCUCCCCCAAACAUGUGGAUGCCAACAGAGAGCUGCCGCUCACACAGCCCACAUCAGCCCACUCCUCCAUCGCCAGUGGGAGCUGCCCGGGGACUCCAGAGAUGCGCAGGCGGCAGGAGGAGGCCAUGAGGAGACUGGCUUCUCAGGUGGUUGCCUACCACUAUUGCCAAGCAGAUAACGCCUACACCUGCCUGGUGCCGGAGUUUGUCCACAACGUCGCUGCCCUGCUGUGCCGCUCGCCUCAGCUGACGGCCUACCGGGAGCAGCUGCUUCGGGAGCCCCACCUGCAGAGCGUGCUCAGCCUGCGCUCCUGCGUUCAGGACCCCGUGGCCUCCUUCCGGAGGGGUGUCCUGGAGCCCCUGGAGAAUCUCCACAAAGAGAGAAAGAUCCCAGAUGAAGAUUGCAUCAUUCUCAUUGACGGAUUAAAUGAAGCCGAAUUCCACAAACCGGACUAUGGGGAUACAAUCGUGUCAUUUCUGAGCAAAAUGAUUGGAAAAUUUCCUUCCUGGCUCAAAGUGAUCGUAACAGUUAGGACCAGUUUACAGGAGAUCACCAAGCUACUGCCUUUCCACAGGAUUUUUUUGGAUCGGCUAGAAGAGAAUGAAGCCAUAGACCAGGACCUUCAGGCCUACAUCCUGCACCGGAUACACAGCAGCUCGGAGAUCCAGAACAACAUCUCGCUCAACGGCAAAAUGGACAAUACCACGUUCGGCAAGCUUAGUUCUCACCUCAAGACCCUCAGUCAAGGGUCCUACCUGUACCUGAAGCUCACUUUUGAUCUGAUAGAGAAGGGCUAUCUCGUGUUGAAGAGCUCCAGCUACAAAGUGGUUCCUGUCUCACUCUCUGAAGUCUACUUACUCCAGUGCAAUAUGAAGUUUCCGACCCAGUCUUCCUUUGACCGGGUGAUGCCGCUCCUGAACGUGGCCGUGGCCUCCCUCCACCCGCUGACUGAUGAGCACAUCUUCCAGGCCAUCAACGCAGGUGGUGUCGAAGGCAGCCUGGACUGGGAGGAUUUUCAGCAGAGAAUGGAGAACCUCUCCAUGUUCCUGAUCAAGCGCAGAGACAUGACUCGCAUGUUCGUACACCCUUCUUUCAGAGAGUGGCUUAUCUGGAGAGAAGAAGGAGAGAAAACCAAAUUUCUCUGUGAUCCUAGGAGUGGUCACACGCUACUUGCCUUCUGGUUCUCCCGCCAAGAAGGAAAACUGAACCGACAACAGACGAUUGAACUGGGACACCACAUCCUCAAAGCGCACAUCUUUAAGGGUUUGAGUAAAAAAGUUGGUGUGUCGUCCUCCAUCCUCCAAGGGCUCUGGAUCUCCUAUAGCACAGAAGGUCUUUCCAUGGCGCUGGCGUCUUUACGAAAUCUCUACACUCCUAACAUCAAGGUCAGCCGACUGCUGAUUUUAGGAGGUGCCAACGUGAACUACCGCACAGAGGUGCUGCAUAAUGCCCCAGUGCUCUGUGUCCAGUCUCAUCUGGGCUACACGGAGAUGGUGGCCCUGCUGCUGGAGUCCGGGGCCAGUGUGGACGCCUCUUCCGAGAGCGGCCUGACCUCCCUGGGAUACGCGGCCGCCGCGGGCUACCUGAGCAUAGUGGUGCUGCUGUGCAGGAAGCGGGCCAAGGUGGAUCACUUGGAUAAGAAUGGGCAGUGCGCACUGGUCCACGCAGCCCUGCGAGGCCAUCUGGAGGUUGUCAAGUUCCUGAUUCAGUGUGACUGGACCAUGGCUGGCCAGCAGCAGGGCGUGUUUAAGAAGAGCCAUGCCAUCCAGCAGGCCCUCAUAGCCGCGGCCAGCAUGGGCUACACUGAGAUUGUCUCCUACCUACUUGAUCUUCCAGAAAAAGAUGAAGAGGAAGUAGAGCGAGCACAGAUCAACAGCUUUGACAGCCUCUGGGGAGAAACAGCCCUGACAGCCGCAGCACGAAGGGGCAGGUUGGAGGUGUGUCGUCUGCUCUUGGAACAAGGGGCAGCGGUGGCCCAGCCAAACCGCCGAGGGGCAGUGCCCCUCUUCAGCACCGUUCGCCAGGGCCACUGGCAGAUCGUCGAUCUGCUACUCACCCACGGGGCUGAUGUCAACAUGGCGGACAAGCAGGGCCGCACCCCCCUGAUGAUGGCAGCCUCCGAGGGCCAUCUAGGUACUGUGGACUUCCUGCUUGCACAAGGUGCCUCUAUCACCCUCAUGGAUAAGGAAGGAUUGACAGCCCUCAGCUGGGCUUGUUUGAAGGGCCACCUCGCUGUGGUUCGUUCUCUGGUGGAUAAUGGGGCUGCCACAGACCACGCCGACAAGAAUGGCCGCACCCCGCUGGAUCUGGCUGCCUUCUAUGGCGAUGCGGAGGUGGUCCAGUUCCUGGUAGAUCACGGGGCCAUGAUCGAGCACGUGGACUACAGUGGGAUGCGGCCUCUGGACAGGGCCGUGGGCUGCCGGAACACUUCUGUCGUCGUCACUCUUCUCAAGAAAGGAGCCAAGAUAGGUUGUCAGACGUUACCGAGUCGCCCACGAGGUCCAGCCACGUGGGCGAUGGCCACCUCCAAGCCUGACAUCAUGAUCAUCCUGUUGAGCAAGCUGACGGAAGAGGGGGACAUGUUUUAUAAGAAGGGGAAAGUAAAGGAGGCUGCCCAGCGCUACCAGUACGCUCUGAAGAAGUUCCCUCGAGAAGGCUUUGGUGAGGACUUGAAAACCUUCCGGGAACUAAAGGUGUCUCUCCUCCUCAACCUGUCUCGGUGCCGCAGGAAAAUGAACGAUUUUGGAAUGGCGGAGGAGUCCGCUACUGAGGCCCUGGAGCUGAAGCCGAGAUCUUAUGAAGCUUACUAUGCAAGAGCAAGGGCCAAGCGCAGCAGCAGACAGUUUGCAGCGGCCCUGGAGGACCUGAACGAGGCCAUCAGGCUUUGCCCGAACAACCGUGAGAUCCAGAGGCUGCUGCUCAGAGUGGAGGAGGAAUGUAAGCAGGUGCAGCCGCCCCCGCCGCAGCCGCAGCCGCAGGAAGGAGCGGAGCCCGAGCCCCAGCCGGAAGACAUGUACCCUGCGCAGGACCUAUUUGAGGAGGAGUACCUGGGGCCGGACGUGGACAAUGUCUCCAUCGGCCUCCAGACAGAGGCCCGGCCCAGUCAGGGGCUCCCGACGAUCCGGAGCCCGCCCUCCUCUCCGGCCCACGGGGACGCGCCUCUCGGCUCCCAUCAGGCCUUCGACUUCCGGGCCGGUGGCUCCGCAGGUUCUCCCACCAGGCAGGGCUACCAGCCCACCUCACCUGCCCUUUCUCCAACCCACCAGAAUUCCCAUUACAGGCCCAGCCCCCCCCACACCUCGCCGGCCCAUCAGGGUGGGCCUUACCGCUUCAGCCCCCCUCCUGUGGCGGGGCAAAGCCGGGAGUACCCCAGCCCGCCCCCGUCCCCUCUCCGCAGAGGCCCUCCGUCCCGGGCCAGCCCUCCCGCCGAGAGCUCGGGCGUCUACAGGUCCCAGUCCAGUUCCCCCGUGCGCUACCAGCAAGAAGCGGGUGUCGGUCAGCUGCCUGGCCGGCCCAAAUCUCCACUGUCCAAGAUGGCCCAGAGGCCCUACCAGAUGCCACAGCUCCCCGUGGCCGUCCCCCAGCAGGGGCUGCGACUACAGCCCACCAAGGCCCAGAUUGUGAGGAGCAACCAGCCCGGCUCCGCAGUUCACUCGAGCACCGUCAUGUCCACGGGGGCCUAUGGCCAAGUAGCCCACUCAGUGGCCAGUAAGUACCAGUCUUCCCCAGGAGACUUCGGGCUCGGCCAGAGCCGGCUGGCUUACCAGGGGUCCAUUGGGGGGAUCGCAGGGGACGGGAGGCCGGUGCAGCACGUGCAGGCCAGCCUGAGCGCGGGCGCCAUCUGUCAGCACGGGGGCUUGGCCAAAGAAGACCUUCCUCAGCGACCCUCCUCAGCCUACCGGGGCGGCAUGAGGUACAGCCAGACGCCACAGAUUGGCCGCAGCCAGUCCGCAUCCUACUACCCAGUGUGUCACUCCAAACUGGACCUGGAGCACUCCCCCAGCCAGCUGGGGUCCCCCAAUGUGUCCCAUCUGAUCCGAAGGCCCGUCGGCGUCAACCCCGGCGACGCCAAGCCCCACCCGCCGACUCCCAGGCCGCUGCUGCACUCCCAGAGCGUGGGCCUGCGCUUCUCCCCGUCCAGCAACAGCAUCUCGGCCGCCUCCAGCCUGACCCCGACCUUCCGGCCGUCCUCCUCCAUCCAGCAGAUGGAGAUCCCGCUGAAGCCGGCCUACGACAGGGCGUGUGAGGAGCUGUCCCCGGUGUCCCCCACUCCAGGAGGCUACCCCAGUGAGCCCGCCCGGUCCAGGACCACGCCGUUCAUGGGGAUCAUAGACAAAACAGCCCGGACUCAGCAGUACCCCCACCUUCACCAGCAGAAUCGGACCUGGGCAGUGUCAUCCGUGGAUACCGUUCUCAGCCCCACGUCUCCCGGCAACCUGCCUCAGCCCGAGUCCUUCAGCCCGCCGUCGUCCAUCAGCAACAUUGCCUUUUAUAACAAAACCAACAACGCACAGAACGGCCACCUGCUGGAGGACGACUACUACGGUCCCCACGGGCUGCUGGCGAACGGCUCCCGCGGAGACCUCUUGGAGAGGGUCAGCCAGGCCGCCUCGUACCCCGACGUGAAGGUGGCUCGGACCCUCCCCGUGGCUCAGGCCUACCAGGACAACCUGUAUAGGCAGCUGUCCCGGGACUCACGACAAGGGCAGACGUCCCCCAUCAAACCAAAGAGACCAUUUGUGGAGUCUAAUGUCUAAGAGGCCUGUGUGUUUUCACUGCACCUUUCCGAGCUUGGUUUCCACACCUGAGGGGCUCUCGGGCUUAGUUUCUCAUGCAGUUUCUGCGUGGCGUUCAGAGGCGGCAGCCCCCGUGCUGGAACCCUUGCAUGCAGCCAGCAGGAAGCGG